AUGUAUUCCAAAUUCUGGCCAAAAGGCGGUCUUCCGGGAAUUUUACAUCAUUAUACUGAGACCCUGGUCACCUUUGAAUAUGCUUCCACUGCUCCGCGCCAACCUCACAGCAUCCUUUUCGUGGGUGGCCUCGGAGACGGCCUCGCAACUACCUCAUAUAUGUGCGAUCUCGUUCGCGCGCUUCAACCGACAGAGUGGUCGCUGUUUACCCUAACUUUGACUUCCUCUUAUCAAUCAUGGGGCCUUGGUCAUUUGGAUCGAGACACGGACGAAAUUGCCCAAUGUUUGAAAUACAUCAAGGAGUACAAGUCCGAGAAGUUUGGAAACGGCAAGAUCGUGCUCAUGGGACACUCAACUGGAGGUCAAUGCGUGAUGCAUUACUUACAUCGUCCCAAUCCCCACACGAGUGUGCCCUCCUUCGAUCCAUAUCUCGAGCAUGCACUGCGGAUACCGCUAGAUGGCGCGAUCAUGCAAGCACCGAUAUCCGAUCGCGAGGCUGUGCAGUGGGUACUGAGCGAAGGGAUUGGAGGGAAGUCGGGCGACGAAAUUCGGCCCGUAUACGAGCAACUUGUGUCCAUGGCAAAGAAAACAGUUGCCCGGGGCGAAAGCCAAGACACUCUUCUCCCCUUGUCAAUGACCUCUUAUAUCUACCCUGCAGACACCCCGAUCAGUUGUCGAAGAUUGCUUAGCUUGAUAAGUCCCGAUAGCCCCCAAUCACCUGGGGAAGAUGACCUGUUCAGUUCCGAUCUCAGUGACGAGCAUCUCAAGACCACAUUUGGAAUGAUCCACCAGCGAGGAUUACUGAAGCAUCAGUUGAUGGUCUUGUUUUCUGGGGCGGAUCAGGCCGUUCCUGAAUGGGUCGACAAGAAGGAAUUGAUGUCGCUAUGGCAGGCCGUGACAGAUCACGACGGCAAGCAUGAGAUCUGGGACCAAAAAUACAGCGCUAUAAUCCCUGGUGCUUCGCACGCCCUGAGCAACGACAACCAAGCUCAGGCUAGAGAAAUUCUCGUGGAGAAGGUCCUUGGAUAUCUGCGGUCUGCAGAGACAGUUUGA